GAAGGGUGAGAUUUUAGCUCUGAGCUCUGACCUCUCGGCUUUCUCUUUUACAUUGUUUCUGUGUUUCUUAUUUAAUAAGACGGUUGGUUACAUCAAUAGACCACUGCAGAGUUAAUGAGCUGGAGGUCUUGAACUAGGCGGUAGGUUCCAUUAGACUUUUUAACUGCAAGUAUGGGAGUGUUAAAAGGUGAAGAGGUUAGGCGGAGCAGCUUUUUCCUGAGAAGGUCAGAAAUGAUCGGCUUAAGUCCUCUUAGGCUCUGGAGUGAGAGAGGGUACUGAGCUUGGGUGAUAUAUCUGGUAGGAUUUUGUAGCUGGAUAGUGAUAGGCUAAUGGUGUCUAGCAAUAGACGGGUUCUGGGUAUCCCAGACUUUUGGGUCUACCUGAGAGGCUGGCAAGGGAAAAGAACUGUUAGAGUCAGUAGAAUGAGUGGCUAGGAGAAGGAGGGGAGCUGCUGGUGCGUCUGGGAUGAGGCAAACGUGUGGAGCAAAAGAAAUGGACGCUCCUACCUUAGCUAGAAGGUCCCUUCCCAUUAAAGGUCCAGGGCAGCUUGGCACCACUAAGAAUGUGUGUGUGAGAGCGAUGCCUCUGAAAAUGCAAUUAAGUGGUGGUGUCUGAUGAGGUAGGUAAGGCUGUCCCCCAACCCCGACAAUAGGGAGACGAGCAGGAGAGGUGGGACCCCAAAACUCUCUCAGGACAGAGUAGGUAGCUCCGGUGUCCAAAAGGAACGAGAUGGGGCGCCCAUUUACUUUUAUCACUACCCUAGGUUCCCUGUGUGAGAUGGGAGUGGCCGGGGCAGGAACGGGGCAGCGUCAGUCGUCACUGUAGGCCAAGCCUAGAAAGUCAGGCGGAGGGUGUUCUUCGUCUGGUUCAGAAUCCACUAACAAGAGUUUUAUUAAGAUGAGAGAGACAGGACGCAGCGCAGGUUUGAGGACACGGUGGCUGUCGGUCCGGAAGGCGGGGACGGCGGGGAUGGCGGCAGGAGCGCGCCCAGGACAGCCGAGAACCGGGGGUCGGUCAUGAGCUUCCCCGGGGCCGCGGCCGUGCUGGCGGACAGAUUAUAACAUCAUGGCGGGGAGGAACCAGAAUCGAACUGUCUCCCUCCCAGGAACUCAGGCCAGCAGCCAGCUACAUACCUUUGGGAAUUGUACAGACAGUGACCUGUUGGAAGAAGAUGCUGAAGUGUAUGAACUUCGGUCCAGAGGAAGGGAGAAGGUUCGAAGAAGUACAUCGAGAGACAGGCUUGAUGACAUCAUUCUGCUAACAAAAGACAUACAGGAAGGAGACACUCUAAAUGCAGUAGCCCUUCAGUACUGUUGACGGUCUAUCAAAAUUCCAGUUAAAAAGUUUAGUUCUUUGACUGAAACUCUUCAUCCUCUGAAAGGAAGACAAGGUUUGCAUCCUCCACCGGUCGCAUGUGCUCCAGAGCGGGAAGCUGUGGCCCCCGGUGCCUGUCUGCCUUCCACUGAGUCAGCCGACCGUUUCCUGGAAGAAGUGGAUCGAGACAUAGAGCAGAUAGGGAAGUGCACCGAUACCAAGAGGGAGAACCUGAGCGAGGUGGUGUCUGCCUUAACAGCACGGCAGAGCCGCUUUGAACCGGAUAGCAGAAGCGCUCACAGAAAGGACCCGUACUAUGGAGCAGACUGGGGAAUUGGUUGGUGGACAGCUGUGGUGAUAAUGCUGAUAGUGGGUAUAAUAACACCAGUAUUUUAUUUGCUCUAUUAUGAAAUUUUAGCGAAAGUGGAUGUUAGUCACCAUUCAACAGUGGGCUCUUCACAUUUGCAUCCAGGACUCACACCUCCGUCACAGCACAGAGAAAUGGAAAAUGGAAUUGCUCCAACAAAAGGAAUACAUGUUAGUCAACAAGAUGACCACAACCUAUAUAGGCAAGAUCCGCAAUCACCUGCUGCUCCACACAGAACGUAGCAGUGAGCUCUGAUCAGUGUUGAUGAGCAUGUAUGCCUAUGGAUAUGGCGGUUCACAGAUGGCCAACAGCUGCUUCGACGUCAGCAUCUAGGGACAUCGAAGAUGCUCUGUUUUCACCUUGCUAGGAACCACUAAGCCUUUUACAAAUGGAUUGUCUGUAACACACACAUGUGUUUCUUUAUAUUGAGACUGGUCAGAAUACAUCUGCUGUAUCAGUUCUUAAAGCAGAAAUUAAUUUACAUGUAUGUUUAAGAAUUCUAAUGUGCAAAAUGCUGUCAUUUUUCUUAUUCAGGAUUAGUUGUGAUUAAAUUUAUUUUUUGAAAAAUUAUUUUUUAAUUUAAGGUUGUUCAUGUCAAGAUUUUCAAAUGCUUAGCAGCUGAAGAAAAUUUGCUACCAUACCACCAAAAUACUGGUUUUGAUUCUAAAAUUAUGAUACCAAGUACUUAACACUCAAUUUUGAAACUUUUUUUUUCUUUUGAGACAGGGUUUCUCUGUGUAGUUUUGGUGCCUGUCCUGGAUCUCUCUCUGUCUCCCAAGUGAUCUGCCUGGCUCUCUCUCCCAAGUGAUCUGCCUGGCUCUGUCUCCUCAGUGCUGGGAUUAAAGUCUUGCACCACCAUCGCCUGGUUUCAGUUUUGAAACUUUAAAAACAUGUUUUAGCACAUGCUAUGAAAGCAGAUGUAGAAACAGAUAUGGAAACGUAAUUUAUAAUUUCUGUAAUAGAGGCUAACAAAUAGAUUAAAUAUUUUAAGACCCCAAAAUAAUGUCUUAGGGUUGGAAACAUCAAUUGACCACAAGGACACUGAAACAGGUCAAGACCUAGUCCGUAAAAAGGGAAAGCUUUAUGAGGAGCCCUCCAGCCCCACUUUCACUUAUCAUUUAAAAUAAAGUACUUGUGUCUGAUAUUUGGAAGCACUCUGUAGCACUUUGAUGAAGUGUUAUUCAGAAAAGUAUAUUCAGCAAAUUCCUCUUUACAUACUGUGACUAAUCACUGCUGUUACAAAUAGUAACAUGCCUUAAUUACACUUCCUGCCUUACAAUGUUACUUUACGUGAGCUCACACACACUUUACAAUUGAAGUUGAAACAUUGUCAGAUUUCCUUCCAUAGGCUGUCAUUCAUAGGCUAUGUAACUUUGUCUUCUCUUAAACACAAGCAAACAUGGAGUAGCAGAUUUGUACUAUCUGCCUCUCGUGUCUUGCAGAGAAAAAAAUGAGUGAACAGGACUUUGACAUUAGCAGUAAACAGAUUGCUGUAUUUGGUGGCCCCUUGACCUCUGCUUUUCAAAAGAAAUGUCCUGUUUAGAUGAUCUAAAUGCACCUAAUAUGCACUAUCAAACUGAGGAACACAGGCCAAAGUGUGAAUUAGUCAAAAGGGCUUAAUAGUGACAUUUUCUAAGUCUGCUGUGAGACAACCAGUUUGGCUAAGAAGCAUUUGUAUACUGAUUUUAGUGUUUAAUUUUAAAUAUGUGUUUUUAAAAUAUCAGUACAGGUGGUAGAAUUGGGAUUGCAUGUUUUCUGUAUAAUAAACUGCACAUCUUAAAAUAUAUCACCUCUUUCUGGACAUUAUUUCCUAAAUCGAUGUUUCAGCUUUUUAAGCAUUUUGUAUAUCAAAUUCUAAUCCUGAUACAAGGAAUUAUUAAUACACAUUUAUUAUAUUUGGGGUUUGUAUACUUUGAGAAGAAAAAGCACUACAAAAAGACACAGAAGUCAGUCAUUUUAUUAAAGGCCUACAUAUAUCAGAGAAGUUUAGAAAAUUACCUUUAAAGUAUUUAAUAAUAGGAAAGUUGUAGUGAAUCAAUUCCCUUUGUAUAUCUUAGUUAAAAUAAUU